CCGUAAGCUCCGCCCCUUCUGUUCUAGGCACCCUGCAGCACAAGGACUGUCAACUCACCGCGCAACUUUGCUCAAUCACUGGAUUUUACAUCACUUUUGGAGUACAAAAACUUACUUUUCGGGGGUGUAACGUUACUGCAACAGCCUGGGAUGAGAUGGAGCUUUAGGAGGGCUGAUUGUCGUUGUAAAGAGUAAGAUUUGGGUCAUAUUUAGUGUUUGAUGGCUGCUGGGGAUGGAGCCCAGCUGCCGGCGACCGUAGCGGCCAGCAGGAGCGUGGAGAAGGCGCUGGAAGAGGCUGCGUCCAGCGGAGCGCUCAUCCUCUCCAACCGUAAACUAAAAGAGUUCCCCCGCACCGCCAAGAACUAUGACCUGUCCGACAUUACACACGCAGACUUGUCAAAGAACCGGCUCUGUGAGGUGCCAGAGGAGGUGUGUCAGUUUGUCUCUCUGGAGACGCUCAGCCUGUACCACAACUGUGUGCGAUCCCUCACGCCCAGCCUGUGCCAGCUGCAAGCCCUCACCUACCUCAACCUCAGUCGUAACCAGCUGUCCAGUCUACCACCGUCAGUAUGCCAGCUCCCUCUCCUGCGGGUGCUCAUCGUCAGCAACAACAAGUUAUCAGUUUUACCAUCCUCCAUACACACACUCAUACACCUGCGACAACUGGAUGUGAGCUGUAAUGAGCUGCAGUCACUUCCUGUUGAGCUCGGCCAGUUAGAAUGUUUAAGGGAUUUAAAUCUAAGAAGAAACCAGCUCACAACUUUACCAGAAGAAUUGUCAGAGUUGCCCCUUGUCCGUUUGGAUGUGUCGUGCAACCGCAUAUCCCAGGUGCCUGUGUGCUACCGUCAUCUCCGUCAUCUCCAAAACAUCAUCCUUGACAACAACCCCCUCCAAAUGCCCCCCGCCCAGAUCUGCUCCAAAGGAAAGUUCCACAUCUUUAAAUAUCUGAACAUGGAGGCCUGCAAAAGGACUCAGGACCAGUUUGAGAAAGCUCUGCGGCCCACCGCCUUCAACAGCUGUCUGGAUCAGGACCUGUUCCCCGGUCAAUAUGGUGGCUUGGAUUCUGGCUUUAACAGUGUGGACAGUGGUAGCAAAAGAUGGUCAGGAAAUGAGUCUGCUGAUGAUUUCUCAGAACGGUCGCUGCGGUUGACGGACAUUUGCCGUGAGCACACAAAUUUUCAGGAGGAAGAGGAGAGAAAUACAUUGCUAGAUACACCCAAAGUGAAUGGAGACCUGGAGCAAGUGGAUUUUAUAGACAACAGUGUAACGGAGGAAGAAGAGGAGAGGUGUCACCCACGGCUUACAGAGCCCCAACAGGAAAAGAGUGAAAGUAGCAGCAGCACACCCUCCCAGAGCCCUGAAUCUACAGGCAGCAGGAUAUUUGUAAUUGGAGAUGGUUCAGACUCCGGCUCACCAUCCAGCCCUACUUUAGAGGAGAGAAGGAGACCUGGAAACCUGCUCAUCUGGCAGGAGAGAGAGAGAGCCCAACAGCAGAGAGACCGAGCUAGCACUUUGCAGAAGAUAACUGUAAAAACAGGAAGUAACUUGGCGGCGACGACGACGACGACAAAGCACGGAGGAACAGGAAGCGUUUCAGGUGGUGAUUCUGACAGCAACUCUCCACCCAAUGGCCCGAAACAGAGAUGUGCAAGUGUAGAUCAGGCUUCUCCAUCCUCUCAAACUGGGUCUUUACAGCGCUCCAUCAGUCGCACAGAUGCAUCCUCUGUGAAGCCCUGUUCUCCUACAGGUUCUGCUCCCAAACCUAACAGCUUCUUAUUCCGCACAUCCUCACGCUGCAACGUCAGAACCGGAUCAGGAACAAGUUUGGCGGAGUCUGGCCGCAGUGAAUCCCGUUCCACACUCAGAUCCCCACGCGAGGAGAGAACAGACGUCUUGCAACUGCGUAAAACUCUGGAGGCGCGUCUGAAGAUCUCUCUGCCUGAGGAUCUGGGAGAGGCAUUGUCCAAUGGCACACUGCUCUGCCAGUUGGCCAAUCACGUGCGACCUCGUUCUGUGUCAAUCAUCCACAUCCCCUCACCGGCAGUGCCAAAGCUGAGUGCUGCCAAGUGCCGCCUCAAUGUUGAAAACUUCAUUGCUGCGUGUCGAAGACUGGGAGUCCCUGAGAUGGAGUUGUGUUUAGCGUCUGAUAUCCUGUGCAGUAAGCUACCUGCAGUGCACCGCUGUGUGACGGCGCUCCUGGCAAUAGGAGGAGGAGAGGAGGAGGUGAACGAGGACAACAGCGGCACCUCUCCCUCUGUCUCUCCUUCCUCGCCUUUUUCCACCGGCUUCCUGCUCUUCUACUCUCUCCUCAUGGCUUUGCUCUAUCUCUUAUACUGCCACCUUACAGCAUAGUGUGAGCGAGUAUGUGUAUAAAUGUAAUGGAUUUUAAAGUCCAUCAUCUCUGUACUGUGUACACUGUCACACACACCGUUGAUGCCAUCUGAGAUAUAAAUAUCAGAGCAAAUUCCUUACCCAUAAUGCCUUUCAGCUUACACGUUAUCCAUACAAAUAUCUUAAAAGGUUUGGAAACAAAAAAUGAGGGUAGUUGUAGGUCUAAAUAGUGAAAUAUUCAAAUAUAUUGCAGAUUAUCAAAAAUCCACAUCUUUGCUAUGCCAGAAAUGCUCAUGAAUAGCUCAUCGAUAGCCACAUAUUCGUUUUUUAUUAAGAGGAUGUGGAAUUUAUCUGUACAUAGACAUGAUUUCCACUAAUGAAGGGCUUUUCCACCUGAUUGCCUUAGCAUCGCUGUUGAUCCCAGGAUAGUUUAUACACCCUCUAGCGGUCUUUGUAAAGGAUCUUGUUAUCGUAAGAGUUUUUAAAGCACUGACACAAAUUCCCCACCCCUUGUUUUUCUCUUGAAGGGCUUUAAAAUGGCUUGUAUUUGCUCAUCGAAGUGCCUGUUCCUUCUGUUCAGUGCAAAUUAGUUGUAGCAUCUGGUAAACAAUCUGUUUAGCAGUGGCUAACAGUGUGGUGAUGGUACUUCUCAGCUGAAUUUGGUUUAAUUCACAAGUUGUAGAAAUCUGUUAGGGUCAGGGCUGAGUGGACUAUUUCACUUUCCUUUCUUGUUUUGUUGACUGUGACCAUCAGAGGGCAGAGCUGUUACUAAACUGCUCCUUCAACACUUUUUGACGGUACUAAUAUGAUUCGAAGCUGUGUUAACUUGUUACUUUUUUUGGAAUGUUCGUUUUGGUUUUCUUGAGAGCAUCUUAAUAUAAUUCUUAUAUGCAAAGAGUUCAAGAUUAAGUUAUUGUUUCAGUUUAUUUAUGUUUUCUAUGUUCUGCUGAAGCUGCAUUUGGUGAGCACAUUACGUAAAUUUGACUAAUUAAAUUGAACAGACUGAUUGAGAAACACAAAUUUGAUUAAGCUGGACAAAAUUUGUGGACAGUAAUUGUGUUUUUUUUUUUAAAUAUGCAUGUGUGUUACUGCUUAUGGAUGCACAAUGUGGAUAAGCAGACAUUUGCAAAUUACAAAUUACACCAUUUUUCCUAAUUAAAGAUGAAAUGGUUGUGAGCCGUGCUGCUCCACAGCCGCCUUCAUCUGCCGUUUCCUGAUUCUAAAUGUGGCCGUAGUGGUUUUUGUAGUCCUGUAAUGUGCCAUGAGCACCCAUCUUCCCCGGUGCUGUAUGCUGAUGUUGCUUUUGUAUUCCGUGCCUACUUAAUGUGAUUUAGGAGCUUUGCCGACAGUUUACUAACGAGCAGCCUCUCAUCUGGAGAGAACGAUAAGAGGAGAGAGAGAGAGGGUGAGACAGCGAGAGAGAGAGAGACUUGGAAACAAGGUUAACGUUAGGUGAAGGGAUGUGCUAACUAGUUACUAACGCGUCAUCCCUCACCCUACGAUGUCUUAAACAUAUUUUAAGGGAGUUUGUUCAAAUGUAAGUUGAUGAGGUUUUAUAAUAUUGUACGUUGUUGUCAAUGCUAAAGCUAAUCAUAACAGACAUUUGAUUUAAAAUGUCCAACUCAGACUUCACAUUUAGCAUAGAUGGACUUUCUCAUAGUUGCUCGAGAGGCUUCAGCCAUAUGAAAUAAGGAUUGUGAUGUGCUACAGUUCAUGUUAAAGGCUUUUACAGAGGAUGAGUGCUAAUUCUACGUCUUUCUCGUACAUACGCUAGACUCCGUUUAGAAGGCACUACAGUAGAUCUACAUGAAUGUUUCCGUCCAAAUGUUACCUAGUGGAAACUGUUGCAACACAUGAAAUGUAUUUUGUAAUAUUUAUAAAAUACUGUGUAUUUAAGAAGUUAAUAAGUCUAUAUUGAUAUAAAGAUUUUUUUUUUGUCUGUAAAGAAAUUAUUAAAAAACUGAAACACUGA